GUUAACUUUUUAACUUUUUGAGUAACUUUUUGGCUUUUUGACUUUUUUGCAAUAUGCCAAACUUGGCGUUAGUGUCUCUGCAACAAUGUUGGUCAUAGAAUGCUUUUAUGACAAAAUACAAAUGACUAAUAUUCCCUUCAUCAUUGAGUAAUAAUCUGCAUGUACACAAAUCAUAACCAAUAAUCGGUUAAUUCAUUGAUCAAUGCUGCUGUUAAUACAAGGAAACAUGUUCUGACCUUGAUGAAGAAGCACUUGGAAGUUGGAAAGAUUGAACGAUGAACUUGUUCUUCCUUUCAUACUAUCUUUUUACAAAAAAAAAAAGCAAAAAAGAAAGAAAAAAAAAGAACUUUUGGUCACCACAAGCUACAAUUUUGCAAAAGAAGUCUACAUACUUUUAAUUGUGAUCGAUAUUAUUGAUUUUUGGCUGUUUAAAACAGGUAACAGGUAUAAGAGAUGUAGUUCCUCCACCAUUAAAGAGAGAAUUUUCUGAUGUCUACAUUGCCACGGAACUCAUGGACACUGAUCUUCACCAAAUAAUUCGAUCUAAACAAAGUUUAUCAGAGGAACACUGUCAGUACUUCUUGUAUCAGAUCCUUCGAGGACUGAAAUAUAUACAUUCUGCAAAUGUUAUUCAUAGAGAUUUGAAACCCAGCAACCUCUUGGUGAACGCAAAUUGUGAUCUGAAGAUCUGUGAUUUUGGUCUUGCUCGGCCAACUUCAGAGACUCAGUUCAUGACCGAAUAUGUUGUCACCAGAUGGUACAGGGCACCUGAGCUUUUGUUAAACUCUUCAGACUACACUGCUGCUAUUGAUGUGUGGUCUGUGGGUUGCAUCUUUAUGGAGCUUAUGAACAGAAAGCCUUUACUUGCGGGUAAAGACCAUGUGCAUCAGCUGCGCUUAUUGAUAGAGCUUCUUGGCACACCCACUGAAUCAGAUAUUGGGUUCAUUCGGAGCAAAGAUGCAAGAAGCUAUAUCUGUCAACUACCCCAACAUCCUCGGAAGCAGUUAGCAAAGGUUUUCCCACAUGUCCAUCCAUUAGCUGUUGAUCUUGUUGAUAAAAUGUUGACAUUUGAUCCUGCUAAAAGAAUUACAGUUGAGGAAGCAUUAGCCCAUCCUUACCUUGCAAGAUUACAUGACGCAGCUGAUGAACCAGUCUGCCUAGAGCCAUUCUCCUUUGAUUUUGAACAAGCCUUGGGCGAAGAGCAGAUAAAGGAUAUGAUUUACCAGGAGGCCUUAGCACUCAAUCCGGAGUAUGCAUAAUGCAAAAAACAAAAUCCAUGUCAGCUUCUCUAUAUAACAAGUCUGUAAGUCCAGUUCUGCUCAGAUGAGAAGAUCACUGCAAUUGAAAUAUUGCAACCAGUAGAGCAAACUCCUUUUCAACAAUCAAAUUUAUAAUGUACUGAUCAAAUAGCUAAGAUCAUCCUCUCAAUCGGAUUCGAUCUGGUAUUAUUUAAUUGUGUGGUGUAUGGAUCUUGGAUUUUGUCAUAGAAGGGAAGAGAUUUGUGAAAAAAAAAUACAGCUUUUAUCUCAUUCACUUUUCGCUUCUCAAAUCCAAGAUCUAUGCACAACCUUGGUGUCUCUGUUGAUUGUCACUUUUUGCUUCUCCAAUCAGUUGUAUUUGUUUUUAUUGUGUCUGAAAUUAGAUUUUUCUACUGCAAUUUUAUUGUACAGCGGCUUGGAUUGAUUGUAAAGAAGAUGUAUAACUUGUGUUGAAAAUA